CCAACAGCUGCAAACGACGAUUCGUUCUUUUGGGAUCUCAUCGUGCCACAAACCAGCACAAGUUUCACUCGUCAACCCACAAAUCGGAAAUGGUUUCGAAGCAAUAACUACCGUGACUGCAUUUCUCACAAAACCAUUAAUACCCAAACAACAAGUCGCUCGGCAUGACCCGAUAGACGAACUACCAAAUACCAAUAAAGACAAGACACAACCAGACGAUCAUACGGAGCGAACGACAAAACACCAGGACAAAAAACAAAACAAAACAAAACAAAACAAAAACGAUGAGACUGUUUCUGCACGGACGUUUGGGGACCGUAAACCUCCUCGACCGAAUCGAGACCGCGAGCCGGGACGAAAUCGAACACGAACGAUUCUGCUCGGCGGCCUGCUCGAUGUCGUCGAUGCCCGUGCCGUUGUCGCCGUCUUCCUCCUCCUCGCUGUCGUCGUCCCCCAACUCCCGCUACUUCCACACGAGUCUCCUGCUGUCGAACUGGGACAUGGACGAAAUGGACCAGGAGGUUGUGGACGCCUUGGAGACCUUUCUCAGGAUACCGUGCCAGCAAGAGCAGCAGCAGCACCACCACCACCAGCCAGCGCCACAAAUCGAGCUGCUCGAACUGCAGCACAAAAACAAGAACCAACCGUGUCACGAAAUCCUGGCGUCCUCGUCCUUUUCUUCCUCCCGGUCGUCUCUGACGAACCACGAGUUGCAUCCGGAUGCCGACGAUUCGCGCGAGGUCAUACUGCAGAACUGCAAGGGCGGGGAGCGAUUGGAACACUUCCUGGCACUCCUCAUGGAAACGAACUCCGCCCUGACGGUUCGUUACGACAAACAACAAACCAUGCCCGUCCACCUCGCGAGAGGGCUGCUGCGGGGAGCUCAAGAUUGCAGCCAGAGCAGCCACAAAGGCGAUGGCGAAGACGACGACGACGACGACGAAAACAAUUUCUGUCGGCUUCGAUCGAUCGCCCUGAAAGGGACGACCAUCACACCCCUGGCGGCCAACUACCUCCAGAUGACCCUCCCACUUCUGCCACACAUGGAAGAAUUGACGCUCCAGGGGAACUUCAUUCUCUCGGAUCUGGACAAGAAGAAAUCGUCGAUCGUGGGGAACUCCUAUUCCAAGAUGGUCCGCGUGGUCGAAUCGCUGCACACCGCCCUACAGAGCCUCCCGCGGCUCAAGCACCUGGAUCUGCAGCGGUGCCACCUGCCGGACGAAUUCCUCGCCGAUAUCCUAGAGGCCGUCGACCCCGAAUCCAUCGAGACACUCAAACUGAACGGAAACAUGGCCCACAGCGAGUCCCAGCACGUGCUGGGCCUGCUCCUCAGCGACGGACGCUGCAGGCUGCGGCACCUGGACCUGUCGUGGCAGAGGCUUCCGAACGCAAAGCGAAACCGCAGCGUCCUCGACGUUGGGAGGCUGGCGGCCGUGCUGGUGGACCAAAACACCUCCCUCGCCACGCUGGAGCUGUCGGAAAACAUCCUCCUCGACGAAGACGUCUUCGACCUCGCCAUGGUGCUGUCGAUCCACCCCGGUCUGUCGAGGGUGAGCCUCCAGGAUUGCCAUAUCGGCGACAGGGGGAUGGUGGCGCUUGCCCACCACCUGGCCAGGUGCAAGGAAAACCUGAAAAACGUCUACCUCGACGGGAAACAAGGGGUCCGGGACACCAAACUGGUGCGCAAGACCUUCUUCGAAUCGCUUCUGAGGAACGUCUACCUGCGGGAGCUCGCACUCCCCGGCACCGUCCAAAACGAGUCCACCGACUGGGCGCUGGAACUGAAUCGAGCGGGCCGGCGGGCACUCCUGCAACCCGACGAACGAGACUGUUCCGACCCGGCCAUCGAGUGCAAGCUCCACGCUUCUCCGUCCUUUGACUCCCAGACCGGGACCAACCACAUACCCGAUGGCCUGUGGCCCCGCGUCCUGGAACGAGCGGAUCGAAUCGCGCGCCGGGAAUACCUGAGCGAGGACGACUCGGCGGAGAUGAAGGCGGCGUCCGCCGUGUACCUGCUGCUGCGGGAGAAGGGAUACCACGCCGCACUCGGGUGAACGAAGGAAAAAAGACCGCCGAAGAGCGGCAGCGCUAGAAUGCACUGUAGUCUAAAACCUUGUUGUACAAUAGAAAUUGUUGAUUACCACCAACUCUGCUGUGAUGUCGGUUUGAAUCGUCCAAGUCGGGGUGCCACACUGUGUUCAACCAAUCUUUCGAUUGAUCGAUGCGUCGACCUUUGAUUAGGAAUUUGUGAAGAGUUGAUGUUUCGGGGGGGGAUACCAUGCUCCCACUAGAAUACUACUAUUUCCAUUUUUGCAGUGAUGGGGGGAAAAAUUAAUAGUUAGCUCCUGC